AUGCUCGGUCGACAUCCUGCGGCAGGAAUCAGGGGCGUGUGUUGGCGCAGUAUGCAUGGUCGACCCAUCUUCAGGGCAGCACCGGCGACGACAUGUUACGUUCUGUCGAAGAGGACCUUCAGCGUUUCAAAGCCGAGUUGGAUCAGGACGGCCGACAUGAAAGAAUCUGACCUGGCUGCUGUCAAGGUCGAUGGGCGGAGGUUGAUGGACACCCUUCACCACACCUGCAAGUUUGGCACCGGCCUCAGAUGGGGAAGUGAGCCGACUGAGACGGGCAUGGCGCGUCUUGCGCUGUCAGACGCGGACAAACUAGCUCGCGACUGGUUUGUGGAAACAGCGGCGUCCCUCGGUUGUUCCGUCACUGUUGAUGCAAUGGGGAACAUCUUUGCCGUCAGGCCGGGGCGGAGGAAGGACGUUGCGCCCAUAUUUGCGGGCUCGCAUCUCGACACCCAACCUGCUGCUGGCCGGUAUGAUGGAAUCUUGGGCAUCCAUGCAGGCAUUGAAAUGCUGAACUUGCUCCGUGAUCACGACGUCGAGACAGAGUAUCCGAUUGGUGUAGUCAACUGGACCAACGAGGAGGGAGCGAGGUUCCCCAUGUCGAUGAGCUCCUCGGGCGUGUGGGCCGAAGAGAUCCCCCUUGAGCGGGCACACAACCUCCAGGAGGUCGGCGGCGGCACCGCGACGAUGCGGUCGGAACUGGAGCGGAUUGGGUAUCUGGGCGACAUGCCUGCGAGCUACCGCUCAACACCAAUGACCGCCCAUUUUGAGCUCCAUAUCGAGCAGGGCCCGAUCUUGGAAGCCCAGAAACAAAAGAUUGGGGUGGUGCAAGGGGUGCAGGCGUACAAAUGGUUCACCAUCGACGUCGAGGGACGAGCAUCCCACACAGGCACUACUCCCUUCUCCGCCCGCGCCGACGCCCUGCUCCUCGCGUCGAGGCUGAUAACCCACUCCAACCGCAUCGCGGCAAAACACUCGGCGCUCGCCUCGACGGGCAUCCUGACCCUGUCCCCCGGCAGCGUCAACACGGUCCCGGGCAACGUCCGCUUUAGUCUCGACAUACGAGCCGCCGCCGACGCAGCCGUCGAGGCCGUCGAGUCGGAGCUGAAGCGCGACUUCGCGACCCUCGCCCAGCGGGGUGCUGUCGACGGCGAAGGCGGGGACCCCGCGCAGGGCAGGGAGGAAGGGCUGCCGCUCUCCGUCACCUGGAGGACAGACUUCAACAGCCCCGCUGUGCUGUUCCACCAGGACUGCAUAGCUGCGGUGAGGGCGGCUGCGAAGUCGGUCCUGCGCGACGAUGGCCUCUUCCGGGACAUGACGAGCGGGGCCGGGCACGACAGUGUCUACACAAGUCAGAGGUGUCCGACUUCUAUGAUCUUCGUGCCGAGCAGGAAUGGCAUUUCUCACCACCCCGAGGAGUGGACGAGUGCCGAGGACUGUGCCUUGGGCGCAGAGGUUUUGUGUCAGAGCGUUUUGAGAUACGAUCGCGAGGUGGCUGUGAGGAGUUCAUGA